ACCCCGAAAUUUCCACUGGCCUGUGCUGCUUCUCUGGAUCACCGCGCAGCACGUCGGGCCGUCUCGUCGUCUCGUCAGUCUUGACGCCUCGCCUGUGCGAAAAUUCUGGCCGAACUCCAGACUCAACGUCGGCUUUGCUCUGGCUUCUCGGACGCCCUGCUGAUCCUUGCCCGGCCGGCGACAUGAGCCGGCUCACAAUAGGCCGCCUUUUGGCGCCCGCCCUGCUCCGGCCGCUCUCAAAACCGACCGGCGCAGCAAACGCCGUCCCGCAAUGGGCCCGGCUCUUCUCCCAGUCGCGCGCGACCGCUAGCAGCAUCUUCACCAGCCCUCCCCAACAGCCAGCAGCGCAGCAAGACUCCAACCCGAUGAACCGGCUCGCCACGGCAGUGUUGGGUCAGGUUGUGCAGCCGACUAACCCCAAUGCGCCGCUCUCGGAGGAGCUGGGGAUUGAAGAAGAAAAGCAAAGCAAGGAGCCCUAUCACUUCCACAUCUACAGCCACAAGCACAAUACGCACGUCACUUUGACCAAGCCGAACCGGGACGCCCUCAUCUCGCUGUCGUGCGGCAAUUUGGGUUUCAAGAAGUCGGCGCGCAAGAACUACGACGCGGCAUACCAGCUGGGCGCCUAUGUCAUCGACAAGAUGCAUCAGAAGGGUCUGACCAAGCAGAUCCACAAGCUCGAGGUGGUCCUGCGCGGGUUCGGACCCGGCAGGGAGGCGGUGGUGAAGGUGCUGAUGGGCAACGAGGGCAAGUAUUUACGGCCCAAGAUCGUACGGGUCUCGGACGCGACCAGGCUAAAGUUCGGUGGUACUCGGAGCAAGAGAAAGAGAAGGUUGGGUUAAGGAGCUGGGGGAAGCGAGCGGUGGGAUCAAUGGAUCUGGUUCCCUCUUGUACGGAAUGCAUGUACAUCCAUCUGUAUACUACGUAGAAACCAUUUUCUUUCCAGCCGGCACUUCUUCGUCUGUGGAAUAUGGAGUUUUGCAUGAACAAUACGCACCCCGACUUGUUUGUCUCUAUGGAAUGCAUAGGACCUG